AUGCCUACUAUUGUAUCUGGCCUUAAGAAACUCAAAGAACGUCGAGCUCACGCCAAAGAGCUUCGAGGUCAAUCAAAUGAAUUAUACAGAUGCUAUCAAGAUAUGAAAGCCGUGGACGAUCGAUAUAACAAGCCUCAGACGUACCAUGUGGACCAAUUCACACACGCGAACGGAGAUGCAGAUAAAUUACAAAACCUGCGUGCUACGAUACCACGGGAAAUAGAGAUAAGGACUUCAAGUGAUUCAUCGGCACGCUCAUGA